UCAUUAUCGAUGGAAGAUAGAAAAAUAGCAGAGAAAUAUGUUCGAUUUUGCAUCAGAGGAAAACUGGGACGCACAGUACCUGUUUUAUUAACAAAUGAGCUCUUUGAUUGCAUCACUUUAAUCUUGAAAUAUCGUGAAAAGGCUAAUGUACCAAAGAAAAACCCUUAUAUUUUUGGACUACCUGCUGUCGACAAAAAUAGACACCGAUACCUGAGAGCCUGUGUUUUAAUGCGUACAUUUGCAGAACAAUGUAACGCAAAUCAAUCAACUACUUUGCGUGGUACAACAUUAAGAAAACAUGUAGCAACACACUGCAUUCAAUUUAAUCUGAAUGAUACUGAUGUUUCGGAUCUUGCCACAUUUAUGGGUCAUGCUGAUAAAAUACACAGAGAUCAUUACAGACAACCAAUAGCAAGCAGAGAUAUACUGAAAAUCUCCCGCUAUUUAGAAGCAGUAUCAGAAGGAAAUACACAAAAUAUAAAUGAUGAAUCGAUGUCGGACAGUGAUUUUGAAAUAGAAGAUAACUUAGUUGAAGUUAAUAAUAAUAAUACUGAUGAAACAAAUAUUUCAUUGUGUGAGAUACUAAAGCAUUCCAAAAAUUCUGACAAGCAAACGGAUAAACAAGGUGGAAAACGGAAACGUAGUACAUCUCCUUAUGGAAAAACAAAAAGGGUACGAUGGACAGAAGAUGAGAAAAAAACAGCGCUUUCUGCGUUUGCACAACAUAUGGAAAAUUAUACAUUGCCGUCUCUAAAAGAGAUUCAAGAAGUAAAGAAAAAAUAUAUUUCUCUGGCUCGUCGUACAUCGCCGCAAAUCAAAACGUGGCUGCAUAAUAAACUGAAAACCCUGCGACAACAAUAUUUCACUGCCUCAUUCUAGGAGGACAUUGUGAAAGCGUUCAACUCAAGAUUAAAGUUGAAUACACCUAGAUCAUCGGAUACACUAAAUAUAUUUUAUAAAAUCAGGGAACCUGAAUACUAUUAUGCCUAGCGAUAAGAAGUGGAGAAUGCUUGACGGAACAGAUUCAGUACAAGAUGGAAUUUAUAAAGUGAUAUGUUCCAGAAGAUGUCCAGCUGUAUCUUAUUAGACAUUGCAUAGGUGCUUGACUGAAUCAUGAUAUUGACAAAAGAAUAAUAGAUUACUUCUGUUCUUUCCUACAACAAAGGCAGAAACAGUAAAGCAAUUUUCUCAGCGAUGUUUCUAUCAUCUCUGCAAACAUUAUUAAUA